ACCGUGCUAUCACUGAUCAGUCUGCCGUCUGAGAACUUUUAACGCAGCGAGAUUUGGCGACACACGUGCCGACACCGUGACCCGUCCAACCUACAGCCUAUAUAUUGACAAGUGUCUGGGUUAUUCUGUCAACAGGAUCACAUUGAGAAGUCACCAUGGCGGACCUCAAGUUAUACUACUUCCCCACGUCAUUUUACUCCCAAAAGGCGCUUCUGACGUUGUUCGAGAAAGAGACAAAGUUUCGGGAGCAAAUUGUUCUUCUAAUGAAAGGUGAGCAGAACGAGCCGUGGUACAUGAAGGUGACACCUAAAGGAACAGUCCCCGCAUUAGAAGUCCCAGGGACUGUCCUGACUGACUCGGAGGAUAUCGUCAACUACUUGGAUAAACAACUGGAUACUGGGACCAAACUGAUACCAAGCACUGAAACCAAGAUUGGACAGGAAGUCGAGAAGUGGCGAAAACAGUUUAACGCCUUAAACAUAGGAGUGAUUACUUAUGGAACCGUGUUUUACCCUGAGCUGUCAACAACAGGGAUCAAAGUUCCGGCGGCUAUACGGAAAUCACUCGAUGCAGCAAAGGAAUCCAUGCGGAAUGGCCGAAAAACACUCCAGGAAAAGGCAGACAAGUACCCAGAACACAGAGAGGAUUUCCUCGCUAAAAUGAACAUGCACGACGAACGGGUAGGGAAAAUGGAAAACAAGGAGCUUGUUAUACAGUACCUGAACGAGCUGGAUACACUGUUUGAUCAGAUAGAAUCGAGGCUGGCUGAAACGCGUAAAGAGCAAGGAGUGGCAGACAGCUGGCUUGUCGGAUCCCGGUUCACCAUGGCGGAUAUUAAUCUAGUCAUCUUGCUGGACCGGCUCAGUUUUCUAGGAAUGGAGGCACGGUACUUCACGCCCUCCAAACGACCUUUGACAUACGACUUUUACGUACGGAUGGGCAAGCGCAAAAGUGUUCAACAACUUCGAGAGAAAUUUCAGAGUGUUUCGAAGAUAAUGCUCGGUCGGAUGUUAAAGAAGUCUAUUCCUGUUGUGGUGGGAGUACUAGGAGUAUUAGCUGGUGUAUUCUAUUGGAAAGGCAGGGCAAAGUAAUAGUAAGCGUUAGCUGAAAUUUGAUUCUGAAUACCUUCCUAACAAACUGACAAUAAUAUUAUCUCUCGUUUUCUGUUGUAGGUCGGCAAUAUCUCAUAAAAAUUGUAUUUUGAAAUGUUUGGUAUUAGUGAAAUGUAUUAAGCGAGAAUUUGAUUAAAACGUUGUAAUUUCUGGUUGAAAACGUCAUCAAACUUUGUUAUUUCUGGUUGAAAACGUCAUGAAAUUUUGUAAUAUGUGGUAAAUGUAUUCGCCAUUAUGAAUAUGUACAUAUGAUUGUAUAGCUGUAGUUUUGUAGAGGAUGAAAGGGCAUUUAGCAUAGAUGCAGCGCAGUCAUGAAGAAUUAAUAAAAAUCAAAUUGAAUUAACAAA